AGUCACUGAUAAGCCUGCUGAUAAGACUCCAAUGUGACAAAAUAUUAUACCCAAAUAUGAAAUAGAAACAAUCAUCUGCCUACCACUAGGUAUUAUAAUAGAUGAUGCUAAGUUUCUCCUGGGUAAAAAAUGUUGCAGUGUUCUCAAUGUACCAAGGAAUUCAAAUAUGAGAGUGAAAGAAAGCGACAUGAACAGAGCCACUUCCCUCAGUUCGAAUGUCAAGAAUGCUCAAAAAAGUUUAGUUUCCUGUCGGCGUUAAGGCGACAUCAGAAGCAACAUUCUAGAACGGGGAGCGUUCUGUGCAAGGAUUGUGGACGAAGUUUCAAAGACAACAGCCUUCUCUUGCGUCAUAUUAAGUAUGCCCACGAAGGAUCAUUCUCUUGUUCGAAGUGUGAUGCGAAAUUCAGCAGCGAGUCUGCUCUUUCUAUGCAUCAGAAAACACACAAGCCAAAGUCGGAGCGGAGAUUUCACUGCAGUCAUGAGGGAUGUGACAAAUCAUUCAACUUUGUACACCACUUGAAGCAUCAUCAGCUCACUCACAAUGAUAUAAAACAGUAUCAUUGUGAUGUGUGUGGAAAAGGUUUCAUUCAGGCACACCACUACAAGUCGCAUCUUAAGACGCACGAGCCAGAAAACUGGUUGAGAUGUAACAUACUCAACUGCAAGAAAUCGUUUGCCACUGACUAUGCUUUUAGAAGACAUCUUUUGACGCAUAGUAAAGUCACGGACAGCGGUAUUUCAUCUGACUCAAGCAGCGACGUCCAUUCCUAUUCAUCAAAAGAUGAGGUAUUGUGCGCUUCGUGUGGGCAAAUCACAUCUAAUACGUCGCACGGUAAACAUGAGUGUACGCCCAGCUAUCCCAAAGAAGAACUAGCUAUUUAUUUAAAAAACGACAGCGACAGCGACUUGAACCAAAUCGUUCUAGAGAAAUUUACAAAUACCGAGGAAUUAUCUGAUCUUAAAUUUGAGCUAAGAAAUAUGUAUAGUGGUGUCGAAGACAACGAAGGUGUUAGGCCAUUUAUUGAGGGUAACAGUACAAAAGUAUCUGAAUCUACUGAAUCUACAAAAGCUGAUUCAGGUGGCUGUAGGUGCAAUUAUAAAUGCAAAGGUGCACCCGAAAAACCUGACACUAACUGCAUCGAAUAUAGAAGUGAUGGUACCAUUAAAAUAAAAGAUACGAUCGAUUUAGAUUUUAUCGUCGAAGCCAAACCGAAAGAUGUGGCUGAGAAGAAUGAUUUUCAAAACGUGCCUUUUAAUAGUUGUAAGGAUAUACUAGGGAAAUGUAUAGUUAGCGGGAAUGGAACUAUCAGUGAGGAGUGUUUGUGCGCCAAGAUGGCGAUGAAUGACCAAGAAAUGAUUGAACAGGAAAUGGCAGAAAUAACGCCGCAGCCUGCAAUGCAAUUUUAGUGCAAUUCUGUGAUACACUGCCAUCGUUGCCAUAAUAUCCAAAGCCACAAAUAUUGAAUACUUAAGUAGCUACAAAAAACUCCAAAUGAAAAGUACUUAAGCACAUAAAGGAGUACUUACAUUUAUUUUCAUAGCAGCAAACUUUUUCGAAUUUGUACGCGAUACCUACGCGUUUACAGUAUUUUUAGAAUUUUGUUCCUAAGUUAUUUUUUA